CGAAGACUGUCCUCAGUUCGAGAAGCUAAAGACGAACGAAUGCCAACCAUUCCACCACUUUUUAGCGAGAGGCUCGACCUCGCCGUACCCAGGACAUGUCAUCGAAACAGUGGGCAAGGUCUGUGACCAAUUGAACAACAACACUCGAUCCUACUGCGUGCGGGUACGAAGACGUCGAUUAUUGGGCUAUGAAUGGCGGGGAGAGGUGGUGCAUAUCGGCACACGAGGGUGCAAUGAACGGAGCUGAACAGAUGCGCAACUACACCGCGCGGUGUCCAGACAGCCAUUUGAUUGUCAUGGGCUUCAGUCAGGGUGGAAGUGUCCAGCUCGAUGUGCUUGGUGGAGGGGGUGGCGAGCUGUGGGGAUGCCAGCAAGAGGAGAACCCGGCCAUGGACAUCAACUCAGCGCCAGGCUCAAAGGUCGCCGCAGCUGCCAUAUUCGGAGCGACACGACGUAGCGCCAACCAGAACUUCACCUUUGGUGGCGGUGAGAUCUCUGAUGGCGGUGCGCCUCGAACCGCGCAACAGAAUGCGGGUCUCCAACCAUACGCGAAUGCAGGCAGGCUGCGCGAGUACUGCCAGCCUCGCGACCCCAUUUGCGCACCGCAAACGGAAAACAAAGACAUGAACUUUCACCUCGAUUACUUUGACAAAUGGGGCACUGAGGCUGCGGAUUGGGUGGUUAGCAAGGCUCGCGAGGCAGCUGGCAUCAAGGAAGGUGGUGAUGCAACCUCAGGUGCUUCUGACAUGCUGAAGAAAGGCAUUUCGCAUCCAAUCUCGAAUGUCUUCCUCUUACUCAUUGCGAUUGUCGGUCUAUAACUUAUACAGUACAGUUUCAUCGUCAAGCGCAUCGCAGUCUGGAAGUUCUCGUCGACAAGAUAUACGCCCGUCAGCACUACCGAAGCAGUAUAGAUUGCAGCAUGCGAUUCUUGGUCAUCCGCCUGAGCAAUUUGGAGACGCGCCUCUUAACAGUCAUAGCGCUUGGGAAUACUUGGCAGCAAAGCGAGCCGUCAAGCAGGUUUCCGUGGGAAUACACACUGUCAAAACGAGCAACUGGGCCAAAACCAAAGAAGACGAGGUUUUUUGUCAACAAGGGGCCAGAACACCUGUUGUGCCCAUGUACGA